AGUCGCCUGCGCAAGGCAUUGUGGGACACAAACAAAGUGCCCCCCAAACAGGCAGGAGUGAGCGGAGCAACGACAGCGGCGGCGGCGCCGGGGCCCCGCACGCGCCGCGACCGCCUCCCCCCCUUCCCUAACCUCCCCCUCCCCCCUCCCCUCAUUCCUCCCCCCUUCCCCUUCCCCACCCCGUCGGGAGAACGUGAGGCGCCUCCACACUCCCCCAACCGCCAACCGCCCCCCAACGGCCGCUCGCGCGAGCGCGCCGCCGCGGCUCUCCCGUUCCCUCUCCCGCCGACGCCGUCUUGAGGGGGUGGCUCGCUCAUUUUAGCCGCCUUUCCGCCCACCUCCAAGACAGCUUGGCCGCCGCCGCCAUGCCCGAGCCGCAGGCUCUCCACGGGCCUAGGCGCGGCGGCCCGAGAUAGGGUCCCCUCCGCCGCCGCCCGGGGGAGGAGAGAGGGAGAGCGAGCCAGCCGCGCGCUCCGCCCCCUCCCCCUGGGGCUGUCGCUGCCGCCGCCACCGCCUCCGUCGGGCGGGGAGGAGGAGGAGGCGGAGGACGAGGACCAGGCCGCCUGGCCCAAGCACCGGCGUCGUCACCUUCCCCCACAGGACAUUUCUGAUUCAUUUGCAUCACUGAAGAGCAUCUGUAGAAGAGGAAGGAAAAGAUGGGUGUGAAAACAUUUACUCAUAGUUCCCCUUCCCACAGCCAGGAGAUGCUUGGAAAGUUAAAUAUGCUUCGAAAUGAUGGACAUUUCUGUGAUAUCACUAUUCGUGUCCAGGACAAAAUCUUUCGGGCUCACAAGGUGGUACUGGCAGCUUGCAGUGAUUUCUUUCGCACCAAACUUGUUGGCCAAGCAGAGGAUGACAGCAAGAAUGUAUUGGAUUUGCAUCAUGUAACAGUCACUGGAUUUAUACCCCUUUUGGAGUAUGCUUAUACAGCAACUCUGUCAAUUAACACAGAAAAUAUUAUUGAUGUCCUGGCUGCAGCCAGCUAUAUGCAAAUGUUUAGUGUUGCCAGCACCUGCUCAGAGUUCAUGAAAUCAAGCAUUUUAUGGAAUACACCCAACAACCAACAAGAAAAGGGCCUAGAUGCUGGGCAAGAAAACAGUUCUAACUGCAAUUUUACUUCUCGAGAUGGUAGUCUUUCUCCAGUGUCUUCAGAAUGCAGUGUGGUAGAAAGGACCAUUCCUGUCUGCCGAGAGUCCCGGAGAAAGCGUAAAAGCUACAUAGUUAUGUCUCCUGAAAGUCCACUUAAGUGUAGCACACAGACAAGUUCUCCCCAAGUGCUAAAUUCUUCAGCUUCCUAUUCAGAGCCUAGAAAUCAACCAGUUGACUCUUCCUUAUCUUUUCCCUGGACUUUUCCAUUUGGAAUUGAUCGAAGGCUUCAGUCAGAGAAGGUUAAGCAGGUAGAAAAUCCCAGGACUUUAGAACUACCAGGCCCAUCUGAGGCAGCUAGAAGAAUGACUGAUUAUAUGACAUGUGAGAGUACAAAGGCUAAUUUGCCUCUGGUUACUGAAGAAGAUGUACGGGUCAAAGUGGAAAGGUUAAGUGAUGAGGAAGUUCAUGAGGAAGUGUCCCAGCCUGUCAGUGCAUCUCAGAGUUCCCUGAGUGAUCAGCAGACAGUGCCAGGAAGUGAGCAAAUUCAGGAGGAUCUUCUAAUUAGUCCCCAGUCUUCCUCUAUAGGGUCAGUAGAUGAAGGAGUCACUGAAGGACUACCUACACUUCAGAGCACCUCCAGCACUAAUACUCAUGCAGAUGAUGAAGAUCGAUUGGAAAAUGUUCAGUACCCCUACCAACUCUACAUUGCUCCUUCUACCAGCAGCACAGAACGACCAAGUCCAAAUGGUCCAGAUAGGCCUUUUCAGUGUCCAACUUGUGGGGUCCGAUUCACCCGCAUUCAGAACCUUAAGCAGCACAUGCUUAUCCACUCAGGCAUUAAACCAUUUCAGUGUGACCGCUGUGGGAAAAAGUUCACCCGGGCUUACUCGCUAAAGAUGCAUCGCCUAAAGCACGAAGGUAAACGCUGUUUCCGGUGCCAGAUAUGUAGUGCCACUUUCACUUCCUUCGGGGAAUAUAAACACCACAUGCGGGUUUCCCGGCACAUUAUCCGCAAGCCUCGGAUUUACGAGUGCAAAACUUGUGGCGCCAUGUUCACCAACUCUGGAAAUUUAAUCGUGCACCUGAGGAGUCUGAACCAUGAAGCGUCAGAGCUAGCAAACUACUUCCAGAGCAGUGAUUUCCUAGUACCGGACUACUUAAACCAGGAGCAAGAAGAGACUCUUGUUCAGUACGAACUUGGAGAACACAGUUUUGAAAGCAAUUCCUCUGUCCAAAUGCCUGUCAUUUCACAGGUCUCAUCAACUCAGAAUUGUGAAAGCACUUUUCCUUUGGGGUCUCUCAGUGGUCUGACAGAAAAGGAGGAAGAAAUGCCAGAGCAGCCAAAGACCAGUGCCAGUAGUGAGACAAUUAGAGAUGACCCCCCAAAAUUGGAGCUGUCUUCAAUUACUAUUGAAUAAUUUUAUGGUUUGGCUUCAUUUUUAUUUGAUUUUUAGAAAGUGCCUGUGCUUGGUCCUGUACAUUUUUUAAUUUAAUUUUUUAAAAGAUGAAAGGAUAUAAUGGGGAGAAAUCCUUUAUACUUUAUUAGCUAUGCUUUAAACAGAAAACUGCAACAGAUGUCACAUUUUUUCAUGACAAAGAGAUCUCUCUUAAGACUAAGUGUACAAUAAGAUCAUGUCCAAGAAGCUGUCAUACACUUAAGGAAAACUGACAUAAAACACAUAACAAUUUCUUCUUAUGCCAUUAGUGUAGGUUGUCUCUUUCUUCUCUUCAGGCUAUUGGGUAAAGAAGAAAUCAGAAGACUUUUAAUCUGACUAAAAUGCAAAUAUAUGCCAGAAAUAAAUUACUGUACAGACCUAUGUCCUAAGUAGAAACAUAUCCCUCUACUCAGGACCUUGAACAAUAUUUUGUAGAGCCUGCUGUUUUCUUGAAGUGUUUACAGUAAAGCUUUUCUUCUCAAAUUAUUAUGGUAAAUAUUUCUGAAACUAAACAAAAAUUUUUGAGGCUUUGUCUUUUUUUUUUGAUGACAUUUAAUGAGUAGAUUGUUGUUGGGAGAGGCACUCUAUCUACCCUUAAUAUUUCACCAUUAUAGAACACUCCUCCAGAUACAUUUUUUUGCUUAUGUUGAGGUUAGCAAGAAAGUGUGAUUUAAAAAAAUUUUUUUUUUUUAAGUUAAGCUGUGGACUUGGAAAUUGAGAACAUCAGCAAUGAGAAUAAUAUACAUCCUGUCCUAACAGGAGCCAGUCUACCCAUCUUCAUGUUAUAAUUUUUUGGCUGAAAACUUGUUUGCCUGAGCUAUGAACAUUUGGCAAGAUGGUCUAUUGUCCAAGCCCAUUUUCUUUUUGCCCCAUCUGCAGUUAUAUUUUAUUUUACAAAUACUGACCCUAUUAUAGCAAAAUUUACUAAAGGAAAAAUAUUGGAGUCUUUUGUUUAUAUAUAUGUAUGUUUGCUGUAGGGGAUUUUUGUUCUGCUUGGGACAAAAUAAGGAAUUUUCUGUAGAGGCCAAGUUCUUAACCCAACAAGGGGUUGUUUACAAAAAGUUUAUAUGACAGUGAUAAAUUUUCCAUUUUCCAAAAUAUUUUAAACUAAUGCCAAGUUUAUUAAAGACAGCAGUUACUAGAGCUUAUAAAAACAGUGCAAGCAAUAAAAAUAAAAAGUUCAUCUUUCCAUCUUUAGAAUGGGCUCAAUUGGAACUGAUGUUUGAGAUUCAUGAAGGUGUCUGCACCAGAUAUGACAAGUACCAAGUUAGGGAUAACAGUAACAUUAGAGCCUUAGAUUUUAGUGGGUAUUCUUCAUGCUGCUAUGGUGUUCAACUCUCUGAAUAAGAGUUGAACCCUCUGUGAUGCUUGUGAUUAUGUUCUGUAGCACAUCUAGUGCCAUUAAAAGCAUCACUGAUCUUGAGCCUCCAAAGAAAAUAUAUGUUGACUCCAUGGGUUAUGAAAUCAGAAGUUAUCUUUUAUUUCUCUACAUGACUACCUAAAGCAAAUUAUAAAAACAUUUGGGUGGAAUAUGAAAAGAGAGUGCAUAAAUAGUAACUUGAUUAAAACAAAAUAUUUGCAUUGUUGUCAAGUGCUGGGCAGUACUUGUAGAGUUCUUUUUAAUGGAAACAUGCUAAUUUCAUUGGACUAGUUUCCAUUUCAAAAAUGGAAUAAUUCAGUAGCUCAAUUUAAUCAAAUUUUGGGUUGUUUAUCUUUCCUUUCUUUAUGAAGAUAGAAAUAUUCUAAGUUAGAUUAUAAAUUAUAUUUCUUUAUAAUAGAACUUAGUUUGUUCUAAGAGAUUUUUUUUUACUUUUUUUCUAAGAGAUUUUAACAUCAAAUGUUUUCUAAUUUUUACAAAUACAAAAAUGGGCAAAGUUAACUUAUGCAGAUUUUUCUUAGAAUAAAGGUACUUGCUCAGUCUUUUUCAAAGUGUUCUUACCUCAUCUUCCAAUCUUGCUUCCACUUCCCUACCUUACUUCCAUGAAACAGUUAUUGCUCAUUUUGUUCCCAAAUACAGGGCUUUUUCUGUAAGCUUUUCAGGAAGUUAAGUUGUAUACCACCAGUCACACUUAUUUACUGAUUGGGUUGAUUUACUUUUUACAGUGGUUUGUGAUCUUUCUAAAAUAGUGAUUCAUCCUAAUUUUAAUGUACUAUCCCACCUUUUUGUUUCAUAAUAAAUGAAACUUAAAGUUUUAGAUUUAAUCCUUGCUUGUUAAAGGCAAGAAAGUGGGCCUUCCUUCAUCCUUUUCCCCCAUCUAGAAAAUCAAGAAAUUAAUAGUGUUCCCAUUUCUUUGAAUAGGGAAAAGUGAGGAAGAAGAAUCUUUAAAGACUAUGAAGUGUUCUUUUCUACCUUCUUUUUGCCAUUCUAGUAUCUCUUCCCUUUUAUUUAAUGUCUAUUGCACAGCUACAGUGGGGGAAAGCAGUUUUCAGGGUAAAGGGAAGAAGUGAGAAUUAAAUAUUUCCAUCCAAGGUCCUGUCACUCACAUCCUGUAAACCAAACAGUAAGGUAAGAGAGGGCCAUACAGUAUUGCUCUCAAUGCAUCCUGGCUAUAUUCUGAAUGUGAGAUGUGCAACAUCAGCUACUCUCCACAAAUGGAAAUUUCAGGUGUCUAGAUUUCCAAGUUUGUCUAAUGUGUGACAGCAGCAUCUUAAGCUUACCAAAUUCCUUAUUUCUGCAUAUCCCUUCCCCACCCCAAUCAACAUGUAUAUUAGCAAGUAUUUUGUGUGAGACUUAUUUAAAUGAAAUCCCUAGUUGGGGGGGGGGGGGCAGAGGUAGUUUAUUUCUCUGAAAUACAUUUAAUACAAGGAUAUUUGACUUAUAUGUCUUUUAAGAAACUAAGCUAUAGAAUUAUUGCAAGUAGUAUUUAAUUAUGUUUCUAAUUCCUCUAAAAAAGACUUGAAAACAAUUUUUGUAGGAGAGCAUAUAAAAUGGAUGAAAUACCAGUGCUUAUUUUGUUUUCCCCCAGAUAUUAUCACCACAAUACCUAAGCAUCUGAAUAUUUGUAUUUAGGUUAUUUAAUAUUGCUAGCUUUUUUAUGUCCCCAAAAACAGUAUUGUGCUUUAAAGGGCUUAAAAGUUUUAGGAUGUAUGAUGAACUGCCUUUUUUUAAACUAAGGGUUUUAUAUAAAAAAGGCCUUUAUUUUCAAUCUUUUAAGUACUAGACAAUUCUAAUGAACUUUAAAAAUGAGCAAAUGUGCUCAUAACUAACCCCUUGAUGCUAAGUGUCACAGCUUCAUUAGAUCCUUCAAUCUGUUCAUUCCAUUAGCCCCUACGCAUAACAAGUAUUAGUCAGUCCUUUAGAUCUAGUCCAUGGAAAGCAUUACAGUCACAUUAAAAUCACCAGUGUUCUUCUUUCCAGUAUUUAAAUUGCAAAUCUAUGUUGAAAAGGGGAUAUAUCUAAAUCAGAAGGGGGAGGAAUUGGCAUUUUGUUUCUGUGUUUUGUGAUUUAUUUUUUUAUAAGAGGUGAUAGAUGGGGGGGGGUUGAUGGUGUUAAAUUUAAGACAAAUAUAUUUAAUCACAUCCAGUUUUUAAAGUUUUCAAAUGUUAUGAGUCAAAGUACAUAAGUUGACUUAAAGGGAUUAAAUGUUCAGUUGGUUAACCAAAGCUUAUUCAGUCUUACACUUUAUUAUAUAAAUGUGUUUUGAGUUCCCUUCUGAUUUACAGUAAACAUAUGUAUCCUUUAGUUCUUUUUAAAAAACCAGAAACCCAUUAUUUUGCUAAAAUUGUUUUCAAUAAGUUAAAUCUCAUAGAAUGUUUAGCAAACCUAAUCACUCUACUAGAUUAUACCACCUGAGCCAAAUUCUUCUAGUACAUAUACAUGCUUGACUAGAAGGAACUCCUUAUAAACUAAUUUAGUUUUUUCAGUCUGCUAGUAUUAAAUUAUUUCUUUACUAAGACUAAGACCUUUUUUUAAUAUUUUAUUUGGUCAUUUCCAAGCAUUAUUCAUUGGAGACAAAGAUAAUUUUCUCCCCCCCCCCCCCCAACAUUUACUAAGAUUUUUUGUUGAGCUAAAAGUAUAGUAACCAAAGCUAUAGAAAGAUCUUGUUUAUUGGUUCUCAUGUUGAAGAUUUUUUUAUAAUGCUUUGGUUCUUUAUAACCAGUCCCCAAAAAAGUAAUUAUAUACAGUAUGAUUCAAUAACUAUUCUGCAUUCAUGGUAACACAUAAAGAAAUUUAUCCUUAACUGAAGAGUUUUAUGGCUUAACUAUGAAGAAUUUAGGAUGCGGUUAAAAACCAGCGUUUUUACUUCUCUGUCUUGCUUCCAAAAACAAUUUCCUUUGUCAAUAACAUAUACUCGCCCUACCUAAUAUGAGUGUAGUUAAAUCAUUUUUCAAAUUACAUGGAUUUAAGAGUGAAAUUAUUUGAAAGGAAAAAAUAUCAAAAUGACAUUUCCAUUUAUGAUUAUUGAUGUAAAACUGAAAUACUACAGAUUUUGACCAUUAGUUUGAGAAAAUAAUGAAAAACUUAGUUUCCUUAAGUAGUAAAAUGAAAUUAGGAAAAUGGUAUUAUGGAAUGUACUCAGAGUGGUUUAUAAAGCUAUGGAUAGUCCCAUUAAAUUAAAUUAAGUCAUUAAAUUGGGCCUCCAUUAGUCUUAUACCUAUAUUCCUUCUUUUGAUUUCAAAAUUGUCUUAAUAGUGUGGCAAUUUAUUCAUAUUUGCUUAGGAUUUCCCCCGAUCAGCCUGUGAUUUUUAGUAGUCAGUAAUAAAACAUGUUAUUUUGAAUUAACUAUUCAUUGAAACAAUAUCACAACCAACAAAGAAGCACCUCUGAUAGUUGAAAACAUUUUACUUUUGAUACAGCCAAGGCUCCAAGUUACUUGAGCCUACAAAUUGUUUUGGGGAUAAAUGUUAAAAGUAAUCUUUUUUUCUUUUUCCUUCAACCUACCAAUUCCUUUUUACAUUCAAACUAAAAGUCACUGCAUUUUUCUAUUUUGUAAUAAACUGAUGCUCUUAGAUACAUUUAUUGUAUCAUAAUGAAUAGUUUUGUGAUAGAAAAAAUGCUGACUCAUAACAGAAUUGUUUGUGAAAGUGAAAUUCUUAAAACAGAAAAAAUUUUACUACCUUAUACACUGAAUUCUCCAGAGAUAUGUCCAUGAUGCUUAUAAAUAGUAAUGUAUUUGUAGCUCCCAUCCAUAUAAUGUUGCUGAGAUACAUAAUUCAGACUGACAGGUGAGAUUGUCAUAACAAGUUUCAUUUCAUGCCUCAGUAACCAAGCUCCCCUCUCUUUAGGUUCCAAGUUGGAUCUACUUUAUACCAAAUUUCACUCUAUAGCAAAUACUGUUAUAGUGAGGUUCUAGUGUAUAUAAUAGUUUAUAGAGAGCUUAGGAUUUCAGACAACUGAUUGCAAAUGUAAUUUUUUUUAUUCAUACUUUUUUAAAAAAUACUUUUUUAAUCAUUUGAUUUUGAAGUGCCUAAUUUCAAACAGAUUCUUCAGUUGUUGACUCUCCCUUUUAAUUUGACUGAACUUAUUGAUUAAGCCUCUAGUCCUGAUUUUAUCUAUGAUUUCUUGACAUAUUAUCACUUUGUUCAUUCAAUUUUAGUUCUGUGAUUCACAAAAUUCCUUGGUUUUCUAGACACAUCAAUUUCUAAAUUUCUUAACUAUAGCUAAAUUUUAUAAUGCAAUUUAAGGAAACCUUUUCACGCCUGAGUUAAAAAUCAGUUUCUGGACAAGUUAAAAAUCUCAUUGAUGAAUGCUCACAUACCAAAGUACAUCUGCUGAGGGACAAAUAGUUCUUCCCUGCUUCGAGGGAACACUAAUUAUCUCCCUCUUGAUGUACAUUAAGUUCUUAUUAGCAUUAGUAGAAACUAUGUUCAUUUUAAGAGAAGCCUGUCUCUAGACCCCCAGAAGCAGCUACUUCUUAUAGCAAAAAUCUCUGUUGUUAAAUUAUAAAUGUUGUGUUUCCUUAGGUGACUUAUUCUGAUUAUCAAUUUUAAUUCUCAUGUUGGCAAAUGCUAUCUUAACGUCUCUCAUACUGAGAGGAUAGCAGAGUUUUGAAAAUUGCACUGCUUUUCAACUUUCUCGUGCCUGAUAUGAAUGACAUCAGGUAUUUGGAAGAAAAAAGGCCACGAACUUUGUUCAUUUUUUUUCCUAACAAGUAAUGACUUCCAAUGCUUAUUACAAGAAAUUUUGAAAUAUUGUUUUAAACUUAUUUUUAAAACCCCUGUGAUCUCCCAAAACUUGGGUUUCGUCUAAGUUUCCAAGAGUAUUUAAUUUCUCUGGUUUCUGGUGCCUCGUGGCGCAUCAGACAUUGCCUGCCUCUUUUUAGGGCAACUUUGUGGCACCUUAUAUCCAACUUGGAGGAUAGUAUAUGUCCCAAUUGCACAUAUACCAUCUUUUCAAAAGCCAUUUUGUAAAAGUCCUAAGUAACCUAUUUUAAUAUUUAAAUAUAUAUAUUUGUGAAAGAUACUUUUAGAAUGCACCCCUUUUUUUUAAAAUUUAAAAUUCUCAUUUUUUUAGAAUAAAAUGAACUUUCCAAGACUUCCUAAUUGUCUUUCUAUAGCAACAUAAAAAGAUAGUCAAAUUGAGGUCAAAGGCCAUAACCUAACUAUCAUAGAAGAAAUCUGUGGUGGUGAAUGCAAAAUACUAUGAAAAGCAAUGACCCAUAAUGAGAUACAUGAAGGAAACAAUUCAUGAUUUUAAUGCAAGAGAACUAGAUUUUUAUAUAAAAACGUGCUUUCAUUUCUAUGAUUUCAUAUUUGCUGCCAUAGUAGCUCAGUAUUUUACAGAACUUAACAGGUUUGGCCCCACCAAAAAAAUAAAAACAAACUAGAGCACUUGCUCAUGCCACCAGUAUAGAUGAAAUCUAUGCCCCACUGUCUUCCGGAUGGGUGACUGUUUUGUUUAAUUGAUGCAUGCUUAAAUAUUUUGCCUAUAUCCCUGGCAACAAGGAAAUAAGGGGUGGUUUUCUUAUCCCUGUCAUUUUAUAACUUUUUGGGCACUGGCAAUUUGUGAAACCCUUUAAGAUAGAAUAUUGCUGGAAGGAAAAAUGUGAAUUGAAUUAUGUUGGAGGGUAUUGUGUAUUCUUCCAUUCCUGCCCCCCCUCUUUUCCCUAGCAACAGUAAAAUGUUUAACUGUGCCAGUCUCCAAUCACCAGCUCUAUAAUCCAAUUAGCAUCUCAUUCAAAUAUAACUUCUUUUGGUGACAGUGGCCACAGCUAAGUUACUUGGCAUGUUUGACUUUCAACAGCAUAAAUGGUUUUUGUUUUACUUUUGUUUAAUGUAUACAAUGUUUAAAAAUUCACAUUUUAUAUACUAGUAUCUGGCAAUUAGUAUUUUUCAGGAACCAUAGUUCUUGGUGGCUAUAUAUGUGUACAUAUAUAUAUAUAUAUAUUUUUGUGACUUUUGUAAACUAAGUGCCGUUUGAACGUUACAAUCAUUUUUAGAGUUAUUGUAAUCAAUGUGAAUAUCAUGUUUUUUCAAAUCUGUUCUGAGCCUGUAGUGUUUGCUUUGUGAUCUUAUGUGUACUGUAUAUAUUCUGUAUAGUAACAUUGUACUGAAAUACUAGCUUGUUUGAUAUAAGGAGAAUAUGUAUUGAGUACUUUUUGCUAGCUUGGUUGUUUAAUCUUUAAAGAAAAGUUUUAAAAUACAAAAAAAAAAUUCUCUAAACUGGUCCUUAUUGAGGUCCAAAAUUGAGGUGCAGUUGGGCAGAAAGGGCAGGGAAACACUAGUUUUGAGUGUCUUUGGUUAGAAACAUGAGGCUAAGAUUUUUUCAUUAAAAUAUAUUAUUAAUGUUU